AUGGCAUCUUCUAGCACCAUGCUUUCCAGCAGCGCUCUGCGUCGACAUCCCGCCAGUCUGCUGCCACGUAUUGUGCAUAACCCCUCGCUCACAGACCUCAUUCGGUACCCCGUGACCCGCGAUAUGGUGGCCUACAUCGCGAAACAGGCAACGAAUGUGAUCCAAUGCAGCUCUGAUGCAUGCGACAGUGCGAGUAUGCAGCGAUCCCAAAAUAUUCCAAGUCUUGAGACGUUUAUUAUGAUGCUGGUUGAGAAGAGUAACGUCCAAGUGCCUACGCUUCUUAGCACCCUUGUUUAUUUGGAUCGCCUAAAGAAUCGAUUGCCACGCAUUGCCAAGGGCAUGCCUUGCACGCGACACCGCGUGUUUUUAGCCUCCUUAAUCGUUGCUGCAAAGAAUUUGAAUGACUCUUCGCCAAAGAAUAAGCACUGGACUCGGUAUUGCGUAUUUUUCUCACAGGCUGAGGUCAACUUAAUGGAAAAGCAAUUGCUCUACCUGCUAGACUAUGACCUUCGAAUUGAAGAAGAUGAGCUUGUUUACCACUUUUCUCCCUUCUUCCGCCGAUUUGAAACCCGCGCCGACGCAGGCCGUCGUGAGAUGUUCCUUCGCGGCUGCGACGCAGGUCGUGAGUGUGAGCGCUAUGUGCGUGCGACAGAGCGCCGUUUGGCUCUGCGUAAUUCGUCUGCUUCUCAGAUUACGAGCAACAACGCCACUACGCCUAAGACCACGCCAAGCACACCGAAGCGUGUUUCGCCCCCCACAGCUCAGGUGCAAAGCUCGUUGUCCACCACGUCCAUACCUCGAUUGUCUUCUAAGGGGCUGCUCACGCCCACAGCAACACUCAAAGCCACGUCGCUGCAUGCGCGCAACUCGGAAACGACACGAUCCGGAUCGUCUAUAUCUGAGGCCGACCUUACAGACGACAACGGCUCGGCUACAUCAUCGCCGGACGAAGCACACGAUUACGAGGACGAGCGCGGAUUUUCUUCUAUUCGCGUACUUGAUCAGUCGCGCACGUUGUCAUCAGUGCCACGCUCCCAAUCGGCAGCCGUCUUGGCUUCGAUGGAACAUCGUCACAUCCAUACCAUGCGGUCACAAAUCCCCCCUGGUGCCUAUGCUCCUCAACAUGCUAAUGAGAAGGGCCAUUAUUCGUUUAGCGAGUCCAAAUCUUUGGAAAGCACUCCAGUCCGGAACGGAAAACCUCGUACUGCCCAAAUGGUAACGGAUGGUAUGCAGCGUUACCUUACGAGUGUGAUCCCUAAUGGCAUUCGUCGCUCAAAUUCUCGUGUCACUCUGCGCUCGAAUACUUAUGCGUGA